AAAAUAACACUGUACUUUGCCAGAUCAAAUCCCACAAAGCCACAGCCUAAAUUGAUUUGGAAAACCACUAUAAGAAAAAUACGCUUAAACCUCCCAUCACUCGGGUUCACAAAAACUAAGGUUUUUGACUUCGUUUUUACCCCACCCAUUCAUUAAUUUUCCCACUCACCAUGCUUGCAGCCACCUUACUACGCUGCCGACACGCCCAAAGUAAUCCAAGCAUGCGGCUCCACACAUCCGCUAUGUACCUGACGCUCUGGUCGUUUCUUGACACGCCCUCGCCCAGUGCCUACAACUACGCGCAGAAUGUCUCCGAGCAAGAACCUUUGGCAAUGAAAAAAGUGCGCCAAGCUGCAAUCGCCCAAGACCCGACCGAAGCUCAAAAAAUGAUAUCCCCCCUCCAGGGCGUAUUUCUAUCUCAUCUCGUGCGCUCACAAGGAGCCCGCCAUAUUCUCGAGCUGGGCUGUUACAAGGGCUACUCUGCUCUAUGGCUCGCCCAUGGACUGCGCAGUCAAACAAAGGGUAAUCCGCAGCUGUGGACGUGUGAGCGGGACCUCGAUGUCACUGCAAUUGCAAAGCAAAACAUCAUUGAUUCUGGAUAUGCCGAUAUUGUGCAGGUGCUGUCCCAGCCAGCUGAUGAAGUCCUGCAGGGAUGGAAUGCAGAGCAAAAACUCGAUAUGGUGUUCAUUGACGCAAACAAGACUGCUUAUAAAAAGUACUACAAUCUGAUCCUCGAACGGGACCUGCUCAAGGAGAACGGUCAGAUUAUUGUCGACAAUGUCCUGUUCCAUGGCCAAGUGCACGGACUCGACCAAGAUGGCAAAACAGGUAGGAAAAAGACCAUAGCACAAAAGCUGAACGAUUUUAAUAAGCAUGUUGCUGACGAUAAAAGAACAACUCAAACGUUGCUUCCGCUUUUCGAUGGCCUCCUUUUGAUUCAAAAAAAUAAACAUUAAGC